GUCACUGGAGACUCUGGUGCUCUGUUUAUGUGGGAAAUUUUGCUAUAACCAUAGGUGGGGUAUUUAACAUUUGAAGUUGAGACUUUUAAAAUGGAUAAAAUAAAGGAAUUCAAGUAAUUUUCGGUAAAGUAUACAUCUGUGUGAGAAAUGGACUAUGAAAGAAUCCUAAAUUUUCUCUCGGGGACCUUUUUCUUCAGUUAUUGCAUAUUUUAUUUACCCUCUUCAGGGUGAGUAGAUAGCCUAAAUGCCAUCAGUUUCCUUUUAAUUAAAGUUCUAGAUUUUGUCUUGUCUUUGGCUAUCAGGUUUACCUUUGGCCUUUAUGGUCCAAUCAGUACUUUUCUUUUUGGAGAACUUUUCUCAUUUGUGUUCUCUGAAUUUUCCUAUUCUCCAUUUUCUCUCAGCUGUCCUCUACACGUUCUUUUCACCUACACCUUCAGGUUUUUGUUUUGUUUUGUUUUAGGUUUUUUGUUUGUUUGUUUGUUUGGGUUUGGGUUUUUCCAAGUCAUGGUUUCUCUGUGUAGCUUUUGCUGUCCUGGAACUCAGAGAUCCACCUGCCUCUGCCUUCCCAGUGCUGAGAUUAAAAGUAUGUGCCACCAACACCUGGCUUACAUAUUAUUUUGAUUAUUGGUGCCAGACGUAUACUUCAGUUCUUGUCUCUCUUAGAGACUUGCUCAGAUGUAUUAUGAAGGUCAGCUGCGCCAGAAUGUGCAGUGCUCACUAAGUACAGCAGAUCUCCCAAGGGUGCACUCCUGGUCUACAUGUGCACAGAGCAAGUUGGAGCCACGUGCACACCAAGUCUAAAAACUACCUAACUUUGUAGUUCAUGGUUUCUGUUUGAUAGUUUGUACUUCUGGAUUAGCAUUAAUAUUUCUGGUUUCAUUCACCAAUUUGGCUUUUCCUUUAGACAUUCAGCAAAUACCUCUAAAAUUGUAUACAUUCAAAACAAAACUUAGUAUUCCCUCAUUACUUGUUCUUUCUAUAAAAAACUGUCACUUUAAAAAAUACUUAUAUUUAUUUAUUUACGUUGUUGCCUAAGUCUGGAACUAGGAAGACCUUUUCCUUCAUGACUAGCAUCAAGUUUAUAAAUAAGCCUGUCAUUCCUCUCCACUAAAAUACCUCUGACCAGUUCUUGCUUCAUAUCUACCUCACUGGGUGUUUUCUAUCCUAGACUAUUAUGACUACUUUCUAAUUGGUUUUCCUAUUUCAUGUGUUAUUAUAUGCCUACUAAUAUAUUUCUAUUCAGUAUCUGUAAUAACCUUUCUAAAGUUUAAACUUUUAUUUCAAUCUCCUAUAAUUAAAAGAAAAUAUAGAUUUCUUAAUUUUGGCUAUAAAACCAACUGCUUGAUAGGACUUUUUCCAUUUACCAUAAACCUCCUAUUAGGUUGUACCUUACUAACUGCUUUUAUUCUUGGGCUAGUUCAUUUGUUCCAGCUUUGAGUUUUAUUUGGCUGGCACUCUGGGAUCUGGAUUCUCUGCCUUCUCUGGAUUUGGUGUUGCCAUACCUGUAUGCUAAUUAGAAAAUGCUAUAUCCUAUUCAGUAUAGUUUAGCUUUGAUUUCACACCAUAGUUCAUGCACAUUUGUAUCUGUAGGUAAUACUUAUGCCCUUCAUUAAUUUCAUAAGGUAAACUGUUGUUCUCUAAUAAAACUUAUAUGUAUGACCUAAUAUAUAAAGAAAAUUAUAGCAGAAACAGUGCUAGUAUUUAGGUAGAGAAAAAUGGAGGGUAUUACUCUUGUACAGUAAUUAUCUGUGGUUAGAAUUUAGUUGGGGAUUUGAAAGGAGUCCUGAUACCAUUUAGUUAAAUCUUGCCAGGGUCCUGUUUGGAUCAUUUAGUUACUAAAACUAGCAUUAUCCACAGGGCCUAUGUAUUUUUUUUUAACUUUGUCCCGAGAACUGAAUUUAUUUUUGGUAUCUAUAUUGCGUAUUGACUAUUACAAAGGCUCUCACUGUACUGGAGGUCAGGAACAGUCUUUGAAAGGAACAGAGUAGUCAGUCACUGCUGUUUUCUUCUUUAGGAAAUGUUAAUUUAAAUCUAUAGAGGUUAGAUAAGGGAAGAAAAGGAGAAUAGAACUAAUCCUAUUUUUUCAUCUCCAGCAGUUUUACAACUCAGAAUCUCCUGACUUCCACAUAGAACCAAGUCUGAGGUUUCAGUAGCUCCAUAUCUAGAACUUUCAUAACCUGAGGGUAAACAGUGUGUUAGAUUUCAUGUAGUUAAAAGCUUUAUAGCCAUGAACCAAACCAAUAUCUUUUAAGAAGUAAACCAGUUUGUCUUCCUGAUUACUCAUUUGCUUAUAUAGAAGCAAGACAGCGGUGGGUGUGGGAUUCAUUUUGAGCUUUCAUUUGAAGUCUGUCUUGUUUGUUUGUUGUUGUUUUAAUGUAAUUAUGAACAAUCUUCACAGUUAAUUCAUUCACAAAUAAGCAGUAAAUUCAACAAAUUGCACUUUCAUCUGUUUGCGUUCUUUCAGAUCAAAAUCAACUGAAUAAGUUAAAGAUAGCUAUUCAAAUAGUCGAAUCCUUGGAAGGUAGUUUUAAUUUCAUUCAACUUGAAUUCUAAAUUUUUCAGUGAGUAUUGUUGAUAACGAGCUUUGAUGUGUACAGUCAUAGCUGUGUACCAUCAGUAUAAAAGAUGUUAUGUAAGUCUUACAUUUAAGUAUUCUAAUAACGUUAGUGAAAUGGUUAGAAUUUAUUGUGAUAUUAAUAGGAGUGUUAAAGUUAUUCACAUAAAGUGUAUAAAGUAUUUGUUUGCUGUAAAUUACCAGUAGCAAAAUUUAACCCUUUCCAGUACUCUGUUAAAAUUCAAGAGACCAAGCAUGAGUACAAUUCUAGUAAUACAGUCAGAAGUCAGAGUACUGUCAACUACGUCUAUAUAUUUAAAUGCAUUGUAAAAGGAAAUCUAACAAAAUCUAUGCUUAAUGUACAAGUUAAAGCAUUGGUCACAUUUCUGGUUCAGCUCUAAAACCUAGGGAUCAAGGCUUUCACUAGAGUGCACUCAGCGACUGCAUAGUCUAAACCUUGGAGUGACAGGUGUCCUCCGGCUCUCAUUGUGUCACUUGUCUGAACUCUCCUAGCCAGUGUCCAGUUAGCUUACACAGAUAGAACUGCCCCACUUACUUUUAGAGUGUUUACACACCUAUUUCCUAAUGCACACUGUAAUGUCCAUCUUUUUUAUUUAUGUGUCUGUCUUUAUCCCUCAUAGUCUUUUCUACUCAGCCCUUAUCUCAGAUUGCAUCAGGAUAAUGAACAUUUAACCUGAAGUCAGAUUUCAAGAAAGAAAAUAUAUGUGCAUUAUAUAAGAAGGCGACAUGCCAAUCGACGAGCUUCUCAGCCUCUAUGGUUAUGGCAGCACUGUUCAGUUACCUGAAGAGGAGGAGGAGGAGGAAGAAGAGGAGGAAGAAGGUGAAGAUGAUGAAGAUGCGGACAAUGAUGACAACAGUGGCUGCAGUGGGGAAAAUAAAGAAGAGAAUAUAAAGGAUUCAUCGGGUCAGGAGGAUGAAACUCAGUCUUCCAAUGAUGAUCCCUCACAGUCUGUUACUUCCCAAGAUGCUCAGGAAAUAAUCCGCCCACGUCGAUGUAAAUAUUUUGAUACAAAUAGUGAAAUAGAAGAAGAAUCUGAAGAAGAUGAAGAUUAUAUUCCCUCAGAAGACUGGAAAAAGGAAAUCAUGGUAGGCUCCAUGUUUCAAGCUGAGAUUCCAGUUGGCGUUUGUAGAUACAAAGAAAAUGAAAAAGUGUAUGAAAAUGAUGAUCAGCUUCUGUGGGAUCCAGAAUAUUUACCAGAAGAUAAAGUGAUUGUCUUUCUUAAGGAUGCAUCUAGAAGAACAGGGGAUGAGAAAGGUGUAGAAGCAAUUCCUGAAGGAUCUCAUAUAAAAGACAAUGAACAGGCUUUAUAUGAAUUGGUUAAAUGCAGUUUUGAUACAGAAGAAGCCUUGAGAAGACUGAGAUUUAAUGUCAAAGCAGCUCGAGAGGAAUUAUCUGUGUGGACAGAGGAAGAAUGUAGAAAUUUUGAACAAGGGCUGAAGGCCUAUGGGAAAGAUUUUCAUCUGAUUCAGGCUAAUAAAGUCCGAACAAGAUCAGUUGGUGAAUGUGUAGCAUUCUAUUACAUGUGGAAAAAGUCUGAGCGUUAUGAUUUCUUUGCUCAGCAAACAAGGUUUGGAAAAAAGAAAUAUAAUCUUCAUCCUGGUGUAACGGAUUACAUGGAUCGUCUUUUGGAUGAAAGUGAAAGUGCUGCUUCUAGCCGAGCACCAUCCCCUCCUCCCACCGCCUCAAACAGUAGUACCAGCCAGUCGGAGAAAGAAGACGGCACGCUCAGCAAUAGCAAUCAGAAUGGUGUGUCAUCUAAUGGACCAGGAGAAAUACUAAACAAAGAAGAAGUAAAAGUUGAAGGCUUACAUGUUAAUGGACCAACAGGUGGAAAUAAGAAACCACUUCUUACAGAUGUGGACACUAAUGGUUACGAAGAAAAUAACCUUGCCACUGACCCAAAACUUGCCCAUAUGACUGCAAGAAAUGAAAAUGAUUUUGAUGAAAAAAAUGAGAGACCUGCCAAAAGGCGGCGGAUAAACAGCAGUGGGAAAGAAAGUCCGGGUUCGUCUGAGUUUUUCCAGGAAGCAGUCUCACAUGGGAAGUUUGAGGAACAUGAAAACACAAAUGACUAACUCUUAGGCCUAUUUUACUUUCUUUGCAGUAAAGUCUGGUUUGACUACAAUUUUCAGGGUUGGGGGGGUGACCUUUAGAAAGCUGAUUUCCUUGAAGCAGUUGUUAACUCUUGAAAUUGGAAUUAGGUCCUAACUUUAAGAAAUGGGAUUCAUAAUUCUACUUUUUGCAAGUUCUUUUACUUCAAAUUUUGAAGCCCUCUUUAAGGAUAUAAAAACAUUGGUAAAUUUGAAUGACCCAAAGACUUAACUGCACCUUCUCCUUUGAGAAACAAGUCAUAUUUGACUAAAAGGUAAUCUUUCCUUAUUCUUUAUGAGGAAGAAAAAAGUUUGUUUCUGUUCAACACCAAUUUUUUUUAUUAUCUAGAAAUGUCUUUACAACAGACAUUUUUCUCUCCAUACAAAUUGAACAUCGUCAUUAAGGAAACCCUCAUGAAUCCUGAAGGUUAUGCUAGCAUGAUUUUUAUAUGUAGAAGUUUAAAAAUAAACCAAGUCAGGUUUGUAUUUGUAAAAUUGUUGACAUCAAUGAUGUCUUUCCAUAUUCUUAUCUGGGCUUAAGAAAUACAUUCUGUAUUUUUCCAGAUUCUUUGUAGCCUUUGAAAGAUUUUUACAGUACAUAUGUCUUGACUGAGCUGUCCUUUCUUAAUACAAAAAAAGCUUGUAUAAUUUUCUUAACUUGUACAGUUGGUAAACUUUUAUGAGAGGAACUGAUAUUCUGAGUCUGUCAGCUUUCAUUUUAUUUUGCUAAGAUUUUUCUAAUGAAUUUUUAAGUGUGUGUGUAGUUAACCAAGUCAUGUUUCUUAUCCAGGUGGUAAAAGCAUUCAUAAAGAAUUAUGUUAUUUUCAAACUUCUACUUACUGACAUAAUUUGGGACUUCUAAAUUUCAGCAUGAUACUCAGAUUACAAGCUUGUUUGCAUUUGCUAUAAUUUUAUAAAUUAAUUGUGAAACAAAACAAAGACUUACUGUCAGCUUAAGUGUGUAGAUGUAUCGUGCUGAAUAGAAUCCUGUUCAGUUACUCUCAUGUGCCCUACAAGAUUUCUCAUUGUUUCAGUCAACAGAAAGGGAAGGUCACGUGAUGUUGCAAUAUUGCCACAUCCAAGGAGUAACUGUUGACAGGUAGCAAUAUUCAUUUUUAUGAGAAAAUAGUGGUUUUAAGAAUUUUCAGAUCUUUCCAGUUGUAAUCCAGUUUGUCACAUUUGAUACUUUUUCCAAAAUGAAACACAUACAAAAUAACCAUUGUUCUGUGUGACUUUAAAAAGGGUUAUUGCACUAGCCUUGUAAGAAUGGAUGCCAUUUUAUUGUUAGUGCAAAAUUCUUCUUACAAAAUGUAGUUUUAUACAGCUGAUAGACCAAUCUAUCUCUGGACUGUUUUUUAGUGAAUGAUGAUUAACUACCUUUUCUCACACAGGCACAUCCCCAAAUGCUGCCUUCAGUUUGAUCUCAGCCGUCAGUUCAAGAGCCACUGCUUUCAAAGACAGAUCUGUGUCCUUUUAGUGGCUCAGUUGUCUGAUGCAGGGUGGGUUAAGGUUUGCACUGAGAAUGAUCGCCCAGGCCUCUCCCUCAUAGUAUUCUUACAUUUGUCCAGACUGCUUCCCUUCACAAUGGGUACAAACUUUUCUUUCCCCAAAUCAGUAUUAGAAGCCACCUUGACAGCACAUCAUAAUAAUACGCAUUUACUGUUUUCUGCAGAAAUAGUCCAGUGAGUUGCCUUCAGGUGGAAGUGCUGAGAAGCACGAGAGGGUUUAGUUUGUUUUAUUGAAAACAUUAAUUUAUCCAGAAUGGCAGUAGGUCAAGUACCUUUAGCAGAUGGUCAUAGCUUGUCUCCCUGCCCACCCCCACAGAGUCUCACUGUGUAGCCCAGGCUGGCCUGGAACUUAACAACCCUUCUACCUCAGCCCGCUAAUGCUGAGAUUGGAGGUGUUUCCCACCACACCCAGCAACAGUCUAUUUUCUAAAGCAGGUUUUAUUAUAUGAGUCCAGGCCAUCCCAGCUCCUUGUCACAGGUGAUCUUUAAGUGAUGCUAUGCUUUUUAAUCAUUACACUAUGGAAGAUGUCAGUCCGCCUUUUAAAGGAUGCCUCUGCUCGACACGUUCUUGGACUUCUCGAAACUGUUGUAACAGGAACGUUUUAAGGAAAUUCUCAGGCAUGUUGGCAAAUGUGCCAGGUGUAUAAGUGUUCAUAAAUCUUUUCUUUUUAAAGUAUGCAUAAUGAAACAUUCCUCUAAUACACAAGGCUCAGCUUUUCCCAACUAUAUUCUGUGUUUGUAUAGGUAUUUCACCCUUUGUUCAAAAAAUGCAGCCACUGAAACUUAAGUCAUUGCACUUUUAAACAGUUUGACAAUAUCAUGAGUAAUCUGCUUAAGAUUUGGUGUAUUUCCUAACUGUUGAACACUUAAGUAACUGAGAUGAGAAAAUAAGCAUUCAUGAGUAGGGAUGUAGCUCAGUUGCUGGAAUGCUUACCCAACAUGCAUGCAAAAUGGGUUCCAUCCCCAGUACCACAGGAACUGGGUAUAGUGGUGCAUGCCUGUCAUCCUAAGCACUUGGGAGGUGGAGGCAGGAGAAUCAGAAGUUCAAGGCCAUCCUCAUUACCUGGUGAGUUGAGGCCAGCCUGAUAUGCUGACUCAGAUAGAAAUGGCUCUGUUGGUAGUUAUUAGGUCCUAGCCAAGCACUGUCAUUUUCAUCUGGAACAUACAAUGAUGAUGUAUUUAUGAUGUAUUCUCACUAAGGUUCACAAUCUGUAACUCAGUUCAACACAGAUCUCUUGAGCUUUAAAAGGUAUUUGAAGUAAUUUAAGUAGGCAUUCAAAAUUAUGAAUUAGAUGUUUUUAAAUUUCUGCAUAAUAAUUUUGCACUGUAAAAUAUGUCCUUUCUCCCAUUUCCUUCUGCCAUUCUGAUAUGCUCAUUAAAAUAUUUUUGUAAGCAUA